CUUUCGGUACUUUUGGCACUUGUUUAUGACUUUCUGAUUAUAAAACCAGCGUUGUUUCAUGCGAGCGUUACUUGUUUCAACUUGAAAAGACGAAGCAUGUAUCUGCAUUGUGUGCUCAUACUGCUGGCAUUGUUUGGUAUCCACGUAUCAGAAUGCCUACAGUGUUUCAACUGUCAAAAUAUCAAUGAUCCCAAAUCAUGUACAGGCCAGGUGGAAUGUUUAAACAACCAGUACUGCUUUUUGCAAACCGUCCAUUCUGGCAAUGAAGUACUUUACAACAUGGGCUGUCAGAACAAUCAGGUACGGUAAAAGUUAUAUUUAUUAUCGAUAAGAUUUAGGUUUUAUUCUGUAAAAACAUACAUUUAGCAUAAAAGAAAAAAAGAAACCGAAUGUUGAAAUAUAAAGUUAUAAUUAGAUUCCAAGUUUUUAUUUUGACGGUAUUAAUUUUAGUGCAGGUGUUUGUUGUGAUUGAUGUCAUUUGAAAGAUGUAGUCAAGUGAUCACAAGUACUAGUUUAAAUUAAAAUCUUUUCUCCUAACUGAAAUAUUCGAAUUUCAAAAGUGUUGUGUUCGAAAACUUUCUUAGUGUAUAUACGGCACUUUUCGAUGACCUUAUAAUAUAUUAUAUUAUCAUGUUUUCUAAACAACUUUUCUCAUUUCGCUGUCCGGUUUGCGCAUUCGUUUGUAGACGCGCAUUUCAUAUGGGUGCUCGAAUAUCCACACAGAACAAGACCAUAUUUAAAUAUUUCGAGAAAAACUAAAGUACGCCUAUACUUUGCAUGUGUCCGUACAAUAUAAAUAUGCUUAUUUAAAAUGCCUAAUGUGUUUUAGUAUAUAAAUAAGCUAUAAAUAAUGUUUCAUAUCCAUAUUUAUCUACAUGGCAAAACGGCAGUUAUGCAGUUCCUCUGUCAUUGGUCGCUCAGUACAGACAAGACAACAGAACAGAUGUCAUGAAUGUUGUAGUACAGAUUACUGCAACGAUCAACUCUGUGCUCACAGAGAAGCAUUAGCCUGCCUGAACGAUCCAAAUGUUGACUGCGCUCGGCUGAAUACGUUACUCGACGUUUGUUCUGAUGCCAGCAAUGCUAAAAAAAUAUGUCCACAAUUUUGCGGUCUAUGUAGUCUUGUGGAUGGCAACUGGGCAGAGUGGAGCCAAUGGUCGACAUGCAGUGUAACGUGUGAGAAUGGCACAACUACACGUUCACGCACAUGUACGAACCCGCCACCUAGUAACGGUGGCCUCAACUGUGGAGGACCAGCAGUUGACUCGCAAUUGUGCACAAACCAACUUUGUCCAGUGCAUGGUAAUUGGUCGGGUUGGUCAACAUGGUCGACCUGCACCGAAACGUGUGAUAUUGGGAUUAAAACUAGGAUGAGAACGUGCAACAAUCCGAAACCGGACAGAUUUGGAGAUAAUUGUUUUGGCGAUGCUACCCAGUUCAUAUUAUGCCUAAAUGACCCAUGCAGUUACAGAAAUGGUGGUUGGUCCAGUUGGAAUCCAUGGCUGAGUUGUUCAGUCACGUGUGGUAUGGGCAUGAGAAUACGCAAUCGGACGUGUUCCAAUCCAAUCCCGUCCGCCUACGGAAAAGCGUGUGUUGGAGACUUCAACGACUUCGCUUUUUGUGUAAAUACACCAUGUACAUUUGUUUCCUUCAAUGUCCGUGGAUUCAACCUUCUGAUUAAUAAUGUGAAUGCUUUUCCAUUCACUGUCAGCAAUGUUGGGAACGCGUACAAUACAAGUGAUGGACAUUUCACCGCUCCCGUCACUGGAGUUUACUACUUUGCAUCCCAGUUCUGCCAUUCCAGUACUAUCCAUUUCUACAUUGAAAAAGGAAACGCUGCAAUGAGUUCAAACACGCGUCUUACAUCAACUCGCGGAUACGAUAGUAGUACCGGGUGCACAUCCGUUUCCACGACGGUGAAAUUGAACACAAAUGAACACGUGUGGGUGUUAAUGGCGGGCCAAUAUGAUUCGUCUUCUGUAUAUCAAGGUCCCCUUGACUGGAAUAUAUUUACCGGCACACUUAUCCAACAGCUUGACUGAAAGCAAAAUGAUAGACAAAGUGAACUAUUGAUUUACGCGCACACCAAAAAUGUUUGUAGAUCUAUAAAAAAAGUUUGUUUAACACUAGUAUAUAACUAUAUAUAAACAAUAGUCCUUUUUUGUUUUGCAUUAACGAAGUGGUAUAAUAUUAUGCAUUGUAUGGGGUACUUCAAAACGGCAUAUGAAUUAGAAAUCGAAACGUAAUAUCAACGGUUAACAUUUUUUAUUUUGUGUAUCCUGUUUGAUACCCGGUUUGUGUUAAGUAUUAUGGUAAAGAUAGUAUAAUAUUUUCAUUGAUAAAUUGUUUAACAAUGCUAUUCUUUAUGUCAUAAUUUUUAUUAAAGUAAACUAACUCAUUACUAUUUAGAACAAAAACAUGUUUUUAAUAUAAAUACCGAAUAAAAAGGCAAAGUAAAA